AUGAGGUAAGUAAAAAAAAUGGCUUGUGGCAUCAUGGCAAGGUGAUUAAAGCAUGUUUAUCUCUGUUGUGUAACAAAACUGAUUUGUUUUUUAAGAACACAAUAGUCCUGCAGUACCGCAUUUCUCUUAAAAUGCUUAGCUUCAGCUGAAACUGUUUUAGAGUAGUGUUACUGUCACUUUUUAAUCAUUUACAUUUCUGGAGGUCUAUGGCACAAAAAAGCUGAACUGAGUGCAUGAGCUGUUUAUGUUUCACAGGGUGCAAACGUUCCCAAGAGCACAAAUCCUGCAGGAGUUUCAGUUAAGAUGCCAGACCCUCGCAGCCAAUGACAACCGAGGCUUCAAGCAAGACUUUGAGGUGACUAUAACUCAUGUUAAAUUAGAUUUGUUUGUAUUAAUAACUGAGACGCUAAAAGUGCAGUCUGAUUUUAAAAAGGAGCUGGAUAAUGUUGGUAAAGACCUUCCGGCAAGAGUGGGAGAACUGGAAGCCAACAAAGAGAAGAACAGAUAUCCUUACAUCUUACCAUGUGAGUCCAAAACUUCUGGUAGAAAAGAUGGCAGCAUGUUUGAGCAGCAUUCUGUGAUGAUUUAGUUCAUCUGAUUUUUAUUGCUUUAGAUGACCACUGCAGGGUGAGGCUGUCAGUACAAAACUCCUCUCCCCACACCGACUACAUCAACGCCAGUUAUGUGCCUGUAAGAGCUCAUUCACAUCCUCCAGCACAUUUGUGAAAUCUGCCUCCCUGCUGCACCCUCCUUCUGUCUGCAGCUCUUAAUCAUAUGUAUCUGCACUCAGGGUGGAGGAUCAGAGAGAGACUUCAUCUGCACCCAGGGUCCUUUGAACAGCACUAUAGCCGACUUCUGGAGGAUGGUGUGGGAGCAGAACGUCAGGAUAAUCGUCAUGGUGACUGCUCUGAAACACAAGGACGCGGUGAGACAGACACAUUUAGAGGCUUAUGCAUGCUCUUCUGAUGGCAUAUUUUUUUCUUAUCUUUCAAGGAUUUAUUUUGCCAUUCUCUAUUUUUUUUCCAUAAUAUGUAUGAAAAAUAACAGAGGAGUUUUCUGGUGAACAAAACAAACAAAGCUGUGGUUAAGUACCUGUGCUUAGACAAACCACAACAUGCCAUGCUCUCAUUGCUAACACUAAUGAGCUAAGACUAUCCUGUCUGUGAAUACCAGGCGUGGUCAUUUGAGAUUAAGUCAAGAUCUCAAGAAAAAUAAGGGAUUAAUGCACCACAGAUGGAAAAAUUAAAUCAAAUAUAUACAUAUCUGGUUAGGGAUUCCAUACUUCAUGUGCAGAGAGGUUCUCUUUGUUUUCUUUGAACAAGGUGAGCCUAGCUGCUACCUUUACCUCCUUUGUUUUACAUUAGUGAGAUAGGUAUUAAGCUUCAUAACAAACUCAGAGAAAAAAAGCAGAAAAUUGUAUUCAUUGAACAUCUAGAACAUAAUAUGCUAAAACCUCUCUGACCUCGUCCCUUGUUUCUGUGCGCAGGUGCUAUGUGACAAGUAUUGGCCUCCAGAUCGACGAACAGUUUAUUAUGGCCUAAUCCAGGUGACAACAGUGGCCCGAAAACAAGGUCCAGAUUAUUUUAUCACCACCAUCAACCUCAGACAGGUGAGCCACCUCUCUCUUGGUAUCUUCACCUUCAUUCCUGCUGCUGACUUCUAAGUGUACCAGUCAUAAAUCAGAGAAGCAGAGGUGUUCGACAUUAGAAUAAAGAAAAGGAUUUGUGUUUCAGAGAGACUGUCCAACAGACAGGAUAAUCACACACUACUACUACCCCACCUGGCCAGAUCGGGGCGUCCCCAAAGACUCAUCUUCUCUCUGUGCCUUCACUGAGCAUGUGCGGCAGCAUUUGCAAGCCCUACCUCGCUUGGGCCCUGCUGUGGUGCACUGCAGGUGUGACCCCUGAAUCUCACCUUCUCAUCAGGAAGCCUUUUGUGUUUAUGUUAAAAAAAAGUCUGACCUUGCAAAGUUACCAGAGGUCCAUCAAUCGGAUGUUGCAUCUCUCAUGUUUCAGUGCAGGUGUCGGGCGUUCGGGGACGUUUGUGACACUGUUGUGGCUGAUGCAACUCUGUGCGAGGGGCAUCCAGCCUGACAUCAGAGCUGCUGUGGAGGACUUGCGGCUACAUCGAAUGUGGAUGGUCCAGAAUCUGGUGAGUCCACACAGUCUUUAAACAGUGAAGAAAUAGUUGGAUGUUAGCAUAAAGGGAGAUUUUGACCUUCAGAAUAAGAAGAACGGAUCAGAAAAAACAAAAGACAGUGGGCCUUCUGAACAGACCACAGAUGACCUUACAAUGGACAAAAUAGAUGUUUCUGUGGCUGCUUUGGGUAGAAAUAGUAAUAAAGUGUAUGCAAAGGUCCUGGUUUAAAGAAAGAAAAAGCAGAACAUGCAGUUAAAAAAUGGCUUAUUGACACUCUUGCAGAUAAUUUAUAGUAAGUUUAAGGCUGCAAUAUAUACAGUAUUUUGAAACAGACAUCAAAAACAUUGAAAGCAGCUUGAUACAAUUCCUCCUUUUCAUGCAGGUUAAACUGAUUUCUUUGCAGCUUCAGUGGACAUGAAAAAGAAAAACCAAAAAAAAAACAGAAAAGAAGAAACUACAGAAACAUUUUAGACCAGCUUAAUGUUCUCUGAGUAUGAAAAAGGAAGAAGUCACUUUGCAGAAAAGUUUGGCAUUUGGGCAUUUUAACUUUGGCUGAAAAAAUUGGACAGCCUCAUUUUGUCAAAAUAUAAAGCUGGUGAGAUUGAAAACAGCGAGAAACAACUGCUCCCAAUUCUCUUGAUGCUAAACUGGGCUGCUCAUCAUCACUUCUUGUGUGAUUGACAAAUAUAUUGUGUUGGCAAUCAAAUAAAUUAAGAUGUGUCCAAAAUGAUCAGCUAUUGCUCAUUUUUGGACUGUGUUUGCAGCAUCAAACUUGUCAGAUGAGUCUGUGGCUGCAGAGUAGAGACGCAUUAAAUCUGAACAACUAAUGGAUCACAAGAAUGAUUAUUUACCAUCCUGCCUGCUGUUAUGAAAAUGCCAAUAAUGGCUAGGUUUGUUGUAUCUUAUACAUCUAAAUGCAUACCUGUAUUUUAUUUCCGCCUGUCUAUUAAUGCCACCUCCUCACACAUAAACACAAAGAGUGCCAACAUUCAUAUUCAAGGUGUCGUGUCCUCAUUAGGUCUUUUUGUGUGUACACAGGAGCAGUAUAUAUUUGUUCAUCACUGUCUGUUAUACUGGCUCAGUGGAGGAACCUCAGCAAGGUGAAAUAUGCUCCCAGUGAGCAGCAACUCACAGCAAAUUCAAUUCCAGCAGAUGCAGCCUGUCUGAUGAGUCCUGAUUUUGAUUGGUUUUGUCUUUCCUGUUAGUCUGCUAAAUCAGGGAGCCAGUUCAAAUGCAACCCAUCACGGUCAGGAACGUCCCCACAGCUCUUCGGGACGAGGGGACCGAUCAGGACGGAGGAGACAUCACCAUCAUCGACAGAUGCUCCCCUCUGACCAGCCCCAGAAUUCAAUACAGCAGAUGUUAAGGAGAAUCCUGCCCUCAUCAUCAAUGUUUAAUCCCAGCUCACACAACUACUGA